AUGGAGAGUGCAUCCUUCAGCUCUCACAGAGGGCCGGCGCCGCGGUCUCUGGGCGCAGGGGCGGCGCCGCGGGGGCUGUCGCCGUCUUCACUGCCUCGGCCUGACCGUCUUUUCGUCCCUUCAUCCUCUACAUCUCUUUCGUUGUGCCACGCGUCGUGUGCGCCUUCGUCUCCGUCUUCUCUCCCCUCUUCUUUGUCCACGCAUUCUCCGGGUAGCGAGCCAUCGUCUUCCCUGUCUUUUCCGCUGGCGGCCGCCACCGCGGAGACGAGCCUUCGUGUCCGUCAGAAAUCUGCGAGCAGAACGCUUCGGGAGCAGGCGUCGCUCCUCCUCUGUCGCUUGCGUUCGUAUCGCAAUAAGUCGUACGCGUCCCUGGCGUCGCGCCGCGCGACUUCGGAUGUGUCUCCCUCUUCGUGUGACGUCCUCUCGCCGUCUCCUUUCUCGUUCUCGUUUUCUUCGUCCGUGUCUGUUUCUUCUAGCGCCUCCGCCGACUCUCUCUCUCUCAAUUAUGGCGGCGACCAGUCUUCGUCUUCCCGCGGAGUCGUCCCCCUGCCCCCAGUGCCGGGUUCCUCUCGGGUUUUAGCAGAGGGCGGCGGCCUUCGGGCACCCGAGGGCGGCGCAGUGCGCCUGCAGUCUCUCCUCCGCGUGCUGCCGCAGAUUCCCCCGCCCUCGCCUCCUCUCUCCUCAGCUGACGCGCGCGGCGCCGAUCUGUCGUCGUCGUGGUCUACCUGCGCUGUCUCCGCCGCCCCAUCUUCUUGUUCGUCUUCUGACGUCGCGGAGACAGCGAGUUGGCGGCCGGAGAGGGCGUUUCUGUCCGCUCCGAGUUGCUUCUUGUCGCCCGCCUGCGCCUCGUCGCCGGCCUUCGAGGCGUUCCGGUCUCCGCCCUCGAGCGGCCGGCACAGCCUCGGCAGCCGAGGCUCGAAGGUUGCGGAGGCCGCGGAUGCUGCUAGGGAGGGCGCUUCAGAGGCCAGCCGCACGCGUCGCCGGAGCAGCAGGACGCUCGUGGAUGUCCGCAAAGCGUCCAGGUCUCCAGAGAGAGAGGCGCGAGUGAAGGCGAGUCCGCUUGCGCCUUCACCGCGCAACUCGCUUCCGCGGGACGGGAACGCAAAAAACGAGGUCAGCCGCGCAUGCGGCGAGCGGCCUCGGGAACGCUUUGCCCCUGCCUGCUUGCCUGCAGAUCUGCUAGGCUGCGUGCUGGAGGGCGAGCGAUCUCCCCUGCCGAGUGCGCGUCUCUCUCUCUUUGCGCGAGCGUCUCCCGGGGAACUCCACGGCGGGGGCUGCGCGCCGUCGCCGUCGGCUUCGGCGCUGUCGUGGGCGACGACGCCGCUGUCCCCCUCGUCGUCUUCCAUUUGCGUUCAGCUUCAAGAGUCGCCUCCACUCCCGUCGGCUGCGGUGUGCCAGCCGCCUUCGACUUGCUCGUCGUCCUUUCCUUUUCGUCUACGUUUCUUGCACACUGUCGCCCCGACGACCGGCACGAGUCCGCCGGGCAGGUCGGCGCGCGCGUCGUCGUCGUUCUCUUCGUCUUCCUUCUCUGCCGCGUUUUCUCCGCUCGCGUCCCUCUCCGGUCGGCGGCUGGGCUCCAAGGGUUCGCGAAACGCGUCUCCGCCGUCGGCGCGCCCGUCAGGGCCGCAGCGGCCGCCUCCGUCCUGCGGCCGGCGAGCGGCCGCGGCCUAUGCCGGGAUCUCGGCUCCCCUGAAGAAGAAGCCUUCCCUCGGGUCGGGUCCCCGCGGCGGGCGAGUCGGCGUCACAGGCGUGGUGCCGCGCCUCGGCGAGUCGAAGUGCCUUUCGUCGUCUGCUCAUGCGUCCUCUUUCUCGAUAACGUCUUCGCUUCGCCACGGCGUGCAGCCGCGGCUUCCUUCAGCUCUGCCGGCUCCUCCGAGCGCCGGCGUCGCGCGGAGUAUUUUUGCCUCUUCGUCCACUUCCUCGCGCGUGUCGAACCCGCGCCGAGGCAGUCGCGGCUCGGGCGACUGGGCAGCGCGCGGGUGGCUGUCUCCUUCCUCUCUGGGCUCGGCGUCGCCGCUCGCCGGCGCUGCCCCCGCGGGAGGCGCGGGGAUGAAGAAAGGGAAGAAGGAGCGAGCCGUGGGGGCGGAUGCGCUACUUGGCGAGCCGGCGCCGCGUUCUGCGGAAUGGAGAGAGCGCGGAGCGCGGGAGGAAGAGAGAGGACGGAUGCGUCUUCCUGCUUACGCGGCCUCUGUCGGCUCCGCGGCUCACAGGGCCCGCGACGCAUACACGAAGAGUGCGAGACUCGGGUCGUCUACGGAGAGCUUUGGCUGUUUUUCUCCCUCGCCUGCGACCGCCUGGGGGAGAGGACGCGGCUACCGGCCCUCCAGAGGAGAGAGAGAAAGCGACGAGGAAGUCAGCAGUGACGAAGAGGUGGUGCUGCAGGGAGGCGGGGGCGGGAAGGCGAAGGGAUCUCUUUCUUUCUCGCUGUCGGGAGAGGGGCUCGACGGCGGCCGGAGGGGGGCUCGCGGCGAGCGCGAUCCCGACGAGGCGAGCGCGGCGUCGCGGGGGCGAAGACGACAACGAAAAGCUGAGCGAGACCAACGGGCGCAGGACGCCCCGGAGGGAGAAUCGAGAGGUCAGGACAGACUCACAUGCACACACCGCGAAACCCACGCAGCAGCUGUCGCGGCGGCUGCCGUCGAGGGGUUCGGAGAUACCAGCCUCAAGGGAGAGACACCCGACAGGCUGCUCGCCGUUCAGCGGUCGUGCUUCAGCGGGGUAUGCAAAUGGCUGCAGCACCGGUUUUACGGUCGCGGCGAGUUGGAGCGCCUCUGUAGCGACUACUCCCCGCACGAAGUCGAGCGCGUCGUGCUGCAGAGCAAGGCGCUGUCUCUCGCGGACAAGCAGCGACUCCUUUUCCUAACGAACCCGCCCUCCUUUGAGGAGGGGAGUCAAGCGGGGAGUGCGCGCGGCGCGAGCAAGGCGUCUUCGGCGUCGAGCUGCUCGGUGGAGUCUCAGCGUCUCUCCAGCGAAUUUUCGUACUUUGCGUCUCGCAAGCGCAGAGAGGUCGCUCCCCGCGGCAAAGGGGCACGUGGCGGAGGCGAGGUGCGCGCGGCCGCGGAGGCAGGGCCUUCCGCCGCGCUUGAGGAGGAGGAUUCUCUGCGCGAAAUGUCUCAAAAAGAAAUCAGACGAGGAGGCAGCGAGAAGAGGAACGCCGCGCAGGGGGAGAGGACGCUGCACGUCCUUCACGUGCUCGCGAGCAGAGGCAGCCGCGCAGGCCAUGGGCGGGAGGGCGACGAGGAAGAAGCAGGGCGGCGGAUGCGGGGAAGAGAUGAAGAAGACGUGAGAAAGGCGUCCUCGUCGAGCUCGCUGCGCGUGCCCGAGUGUUGCAGAAGCAGCGAGAAAAAACGGGGAUUUUGGGAGCUGCGCAUGCGCGGAAGUCGACAGCUCACCGCAGAGGAGGGGGAACGACGAGGAGAGGAGGCACUGCUGAUACUGACAGAUGACGAAGAACGCUUGAGAGAGAUGGAGGCGACCGAUCGCGUCUGGGGCUGCCAUACAGAGGAGCGUGCAGUCCUCGAGGAGUGCGUGGAAGAAGUCCAAAGGAGAAAACUUGUGAAAAACGCAGAAUUUUUCCGGAUAGGCUUUCUGCGAAAUCUGGCGGCGCUGCGAGGCGUUACCUUCGCUAUCCAGCACCUGGGCACUCUGCAGCAGAAGACAGUCGAGAGCGGCGACGUGCGGAACUUGGAGAAAUUCUCGCGUCUCUGGGGACUUCUCAUGCCGCAUCACCGCCUCCCCGGCCGCAUCUGCAAGGAGUGGAAAGAGCUCGGUUUCCAGGGAGAGGACCCGGCGACGGAUUUUCGGGGCUGCGGCGAGCUGGGGCUUGACUCGUUGGUUUUUCUGGCCUCGCGUUUCCCGUCCCACGCGCGGUGCAUGCUGGAGGCGUCGCGGGAUUCCCGGUAUUGGUACUCCUUCGCCAUUACGUGCAUCAACGUGACGUCUUGGCUGUGCGAGUGGCUGUUCCAGCGCCGCGCACAGGUCAUCUUUUUCUUCUUCACGACGCACACGCUGGAGGCAGUCGAGCUUACUUUUCACUACUUGUUUGUGUAUGUGUUUACUCGCUUCCACGAGUUUUGGUUCGUGAAAAAGCCGGCCUCGAUCAUGGAGUUCCCGUUCGUCGCGGGCGAGUUCAAAAACACCUGCCGCUUCCCCGCCUCGCUCCCGGCUUGCGCGCUGGUGUCCCCUCGCGGCGUGUGCAGCUCUGACGACGCCCGCGAGAAGGCCUGCUGCUACGCCGAGGCGCUGCGCGCCUACCAGCGUGGCAGACAACGCGAGGAAGCGCGAGACGAGUCCGCAGCCAAGCGACGAGACUGGGAAGCGCACGACAGCGCGCAGGCGCCUCUUGCAGAGCUGCGCGAGGAGCUCGGCAGCAGCGACGCAGACGCAGAGGAGGAAGACGCGCGCGCCGACCAUGGGGACCGACGACGCUUCAGGGUCAGCAGAGAACGCAGAGCGCCCACAAGGCUGAGAGACAAAGGGGGGAGGACGGGCGCACGACUGCAUUCCUCGCAGUCCUCGCGGUCCCAGUCAGAUGCGUCGCGCGACAGCCGGGGCUCCAGGCGCGCGACGAGGCGGCGCGGGAGAAGGAAGACAACGCAGGACUACGAGGAAGAGAGGAGCGAAGGACGCGGCGCGGGGGGGCUCCCAGGAUCAGCAGAAGGGUGGAUGUCCGCUGAGCGCAAGUGCCUCGGGUUGUCCGCGUCCGCCAGCGACCCUGCGGCCUCGCGAGGCUCGCUGCCUCGGGGGGCACACAAGGCGAGCCGACUGCGCACCAAAGACCGCGCGACGGGUGCACCCGAGCGCAGGUCUUCGCCCUUCCAGCGGAAAGACGAGGAAGAAAACCUCUCCGAGCCCUGCGCGUCUGGAAGGAAAGGCAGGAACGCCUCGCAAUGUAAAGAACGAGGCACGAGCACGUCGCGGAGUCUUUCGCGGCUAAUUCUGUCUACCACGUCGAGUCUCUGCUUUGGAGGCGGAGGCGAGAAGAAGAAAGGCAAGCCAAGAGAGGAAAGCGAUGAAGAAGACCAAGGCGGCGAGCGGCAAAGACACAGCGAGACGGGAUCCCCCGGAGACGCGACGAAGGCGCCUGGAGGGGGGCCUCGCCUGGGAGACUGCCCCUGCUGCCGCGGGUGGAUCGUAUCGCCUGCGCACCUGACCACCCUCUCGCCGAAAGAGGGAGCGAGCCUCGCCGGCAGGUCGCCUCUGCGCCGGAGACCGCUGCCGCAGAGAGAACGAGGAGAGCAAGAAGGCAAGGAGGCGGAAGGAAGGAGCCGACCACGGGGGUCCUCGAACUUCUGGCGGAGUCGCAGCCUCAGACGCAUGCAGAGUUACUUGCCAGGCCUCCGAGAUAAGGAGGGAUCGCAGGGGGCCCCCGGCGCGCAAAGCAGCAGCCGAUUCAGGUUCCUCCGGCGGUCAUCUUCCAACGCCGCACAAAGCGCACCGGAGGCGAAGGACGCGAAGGCCGUGCGGAAACAGUCCAGGGCGUCUCCGCGGUUCUCCCGUCUGCUUUCAUCCGUCGCAAGGAAGACAGAUGAGCCCUCGAAUGGAGGGAGGGCGCCUCGCGGCGACGCAGGACGCAAGGCAGGCGAGAAGGAGACAGACCGCAGAAGUGCCUGCGCUCUGCAGCAAGCUAAGACACGAACAGACGCUUCCGAGGCUUCAGUCUCAUCAGGGGAAGAUGCCAGGGCGGGGGAUGCCUCGACGACGGCGCAACGUAAACGAGAGAGCUCCAGCCGCAACGGGUUCGCGCGCAGAGACGGCGAAGCGGACUUUGGAAGAGAGCGCGAGAGAGAGAGGACGACGAAGGGCCGCCGAAGGUACAGACACCUGCGAAGCACCUCUCGGUCUUCCCGUCAUCGAGAGUCCCUUCGCGAAGCCGCGGAAGCCACGGACGAAGAGAAUUUUUCUGCAUCCUCGAGAAACAGCGCAUGCGAGGAAGACCGAUCCUCCUUGAGCAGCGGAGAAGACGGCGACGAAAGCGACAUGCAGGAGCUGAGGGGCGCGCAGCUUUCUCCGCUGCUGGAUGGCCGUUUCUCCUUGGAUAGACAUUCCGCGAAGCGCAACUUGGCGUCUACCGCGCGAGGCAGGGCGGCUCAGACGCGUGGGAUGCACCAUCUGCCGCAGAGUUACUUCCGUCCUUCGGCUGCCGCCUUUCAAACUAACGCGCCGUCUCGCGGCGCACCGAAUGCCUCGCUCUCUCGCAUCUCUGCACCACUGGACUGCCGCGGCCCGUUGGGCUCUAGAGCUGCCGUCUCUUCUUCUUUUCCGUCUUUUCCGGGGGGAACCAAACUGCACGAGCGCGGGGCAGGAGACCCGUGGCGCCCUGCGAGCGACUCCGCCGCAGGGGGAGCAGGCCCCUGGGCGCAGGGCGCGCGGUGCGAGGAGGGCGGGCGUCCCACUGUGCCGCAGCCUCUCGAGUGCGCAGGCUGUAAGGAGCCGCGUCGAGACGGGGAACGCGAGGCUGCCGACGUCCGCGUAGCGGCCGCAGGGUGCCCGCCAGGCAAGCCGCAGCCGCGACCUCGGCUGGCGCCCGGGGAGUCGGGAGGGGGCGUGAGGGGGGACGGACCCGCGCUGGGAAGUGCGUCGUCUUCCAUCUCUGCUGGGGCGGACGUGCCGGCGAAUGUGUCUUCGCCUGGGGCACCAGCGAGUGGAGGAUACACACAAGCCCCGUUUCUUCAGGGAGGCCGGGGCUUGGCGUCUCACUCGUCCUUCUCGUCUGCCUCCUCGGCUUCGGCCGCAACUGCCUACUUCACUCCGCUGCCUGCGCGGUCUGUUGUGCAGGCAUCGAACCCGCAAGACGAUUCACGGUCUCUGCUGUCGCGGCUCGCCUCCUCUGCGACGCAGAACCCCGUGGCUUCGUGCUCCUCGAUGUCUGCGGCGUGCUUUGCUCGCACGUCGUCGUCGGCUCACCUGGGACCGGGUAGCAGCCAUUCUUCGUCUGCCUACGCCUCAAACCCCUCCGCCGUUUCCGCGAGGCAGACGAAGGAAGGCGGCGCCUCCUACGCGGGGCCACCCGCGCAUGCGCCCUGCCGCGCUCCAAGCAGCGGCGCGGCGGGCUCGGGAACCGCGAGCUACGCGUCCCCGGCGCUGCUGGGCGCGGCAGCACCGAAGGUUGGGGCUUCAGGAGGCCGCGGUUGGGACAGCCCUCAGGCGCCGGUGGCGGAAACCCAGCCGGCAGCCUCCACGAGAGGAAAGUCGCGGCCUGAAAAGAGGGCGCCGUUUGAUCUUCUCUCUUGA